AUGGCUUCAAUGUUACCACAGAUGCGGACGAAAAUCCCCCAAUUAGCAGCCUGCUGUUCGCGCACCUGCUCCCGACCACUUUCAACGUCGAUCCGUCUCCUGAGACAAGGCCCCGGCACCGGCGAGAACUUCCAGCAAGCCAACGAUCCUCACCCACGGAAGCUCACCCCAAAUGUUUCCAAAACGAACGAGACACUACCCAUCGACGCCAUGGGCGCCAGGGACGAGCCCUACCAAGAGUUGGUCCCGGCAGCAGAGAAGCAAAGAACACUACAAGCACCGAACAGAGAAAAGCCAUGGUCACGGAACCAGAUGCCCCGGGACCUGGCAAUGUCAGGCCCGCGAUUCGAACAGACAAUCAUCGAGGCACAGCCCGCCCCAUAUGCUGCGAUCGAGCUCAUUCACAAACAGCCCGUACGAUGGGUAGCCGACAAACGUGUGGCUUGCGAUGGUGGUGGUGGGCCCCUGGGUCAUCCUAGAAUAUUUAUCAACGUGGACAAGCCACAAAUCAAUUGGUGCACGUAUUGUGGUCUGCCAUAUGCCAAAACGGAACAUAAGAAGUACCUCGAAUCAUUACCUUCGACCUCAUACCCACUGCAGCCAACAGGGGACCCUGCCGAGGUCGUCAUGCCUCAGACACCUACUCAGAAAGGCGAGGUACAAGGCCAGUACGGUCAGAUGAGGGCUGAACAUAUGGCGCAGUCUGUGGGUGAUACUGCUUUCGAGCAGAGAUGA